AUGGCUGCAGUAUUAGCUGCAACGCUCGAUAGCACCAUCAGAAGGGAAAUUGCCUUCUCAUUUAAGGAAACAGUCUAUUGGAGCGACUCCAUGAUAGUCCUAAGCUAUAUCAGAAAUGAAAGCUGUCGCUACAAAACCUUUGUAGCUAAUAGAGUAUCUAAGAUACUAAGCGUCUCUAAUAAACACCAAUGGAGGCACGUACCAAGUGAAGAAAACCCCGCUGACGAAGGUUCCAGGGGAAAAUACGAAUUAGGUAAGUGGUUAACAGGCCCAGAAUUCUUGCCAAAAGACGAAUCAAACUGGCCCGUAUCCAGAUAUAUCGAAAAUUAUCAGGUAAGUCAUGACCCAGAAAUUAGAAAGUCGGUGGUAGUAAACCAUGUAACGAUAGGUGAUGGUAGUCUUAAGGCGAUGUUAACAUCUAAGUACUCAUCUUGGUCGAAGCUUGUACGUGUCCUUAGGUGGAUCUUACGAUUUGUAAAAUCCCUCAGACUCAAGGUGAGACAUCAACCCGUAGUAACAAGCAACCUGCUUGUGUCAGAACUGCAAGAAAGUGAGACAAUGAUUAUUUCAUGGAGACAAAGGCAGUCGUUCCCGAACUGGAAAUCAGACGAGCGACUCAAGAAUCUAAAUCCAGCACUUAUAGGUCAAGUAAUUAGAGUAGGAGGUAGGCUUGAUCGUGCUAGAAUCGACUAUGAUGCACAACACCCAAUUAUAUUGGCUAACGAUAGUCAAUUAGUCAAGUCACUAGUGUUGUAUUACCACUUGAAGGUUGGACAUAAUGGAUGGACAGCAACAUUGAAUGCUCUCCGAGAAAAGAUUUUGGAUCUUAAAAGGUAG